UUUAAAUACAGGACAAGAAAAACCAUUAACAAAAUAAAUCACCAAAUAUUUGACUCUUCCAAGAAGAAACUAAAACAAAAUAGGAUAUUCAACGUUGAUAUCGAUUCAAUUCUAUAGAAAAGAGGAACUUUUGAUUAGUUUUACAAAAACCAGGUCUAUAAAUUGUUAUUAAGCGGGAAUGAGGAUUACGUGGUAUUUAUUCUUCCUUCCCUGUUUACUAUGCAGUGUCUAGCUUUGUGUUCUUUUCAACCGGGAUGUUAUUUACAUUGCGUGAACGUAGAGGCCUUUAUUAAGUGGUAACUAACCCGGGUUUACGUGGUUAUCAAUGACCACAGGAGCAAAAAAUAUAUAUACAGCGCUCCAAGAAAUAGUUCAUAAUGGAGGAUUAUGCCUGGCAGUGCGACAAAAGCCUGGCUGAAUGCUUGAAACACGUGUUAAAUAAUGAAUUAUUCUGUGACGUCACACUUUAUUUGGGCUCAAACAUGGAGGCAGUCCACGCCCAUAAACUGGUUCUCUGUUCUCGUAGCCCAGUAUUUUAUGCCUCAUUUGAAGGCCCACUAGCUGAAAAAGGACGAUUUAUUAUUACAGACAUCGAAAAGGAAACCUUCCAGCAAUUUCUUCAAUAUAUUUACACAGAUGAUGUCCAAUUAUCGUACGAAAAUGUCACAUCUAUCCUUUAUUGUGCGCGGAAAUAUUGUGUUGAUAAAUUAACUAAAAGGUGUGAAAUAUUCAUGGAAGAUGCAAUUGACAUCGAAAAUGUUUUUGGGAUACUUGAAGAGGCUCAUACCUAUGGAUUAAUAGGCUUAAAAACCAAAUGUGUGAAAUUUUUAGUUACGAACAUAAAAGGGGCUCUUUUAUCGGAAUCCUUUAGAAACAUUUGUAGAGGCUGUUUGGGGACAAUUCUUAGCAUAGAAACUUUCAACAUUGAGGAAGAGCUGUUGUUUGAACAUGCUCUAUAUUGGGCAGAAGCUGAAUGCUCGCGGAAAGGCUUAGCAAUAACAGAUAAAAACAAGAGAAUUGCGUUGGGAGACGUGAUAAAGUCCAUACGCUUCCCCGCCAUGACUUCUGAUUAUUUUGGGAAAAAAGUAGCCAGCUCAGAAUUACUUGAUGCGGACGAAGUUAUCGACGUCUUUUUAUAUAAUUUUAGCAGAAAUGACGGUGAAAGGGGACAAUCUAUGUUUGAGACAGCUUCAAGAAGUUACAGACAAGUUUUAAGAUUUCGUAAAACCCUUCGAGAAAGACAGGCUUCUGAUGAUAAAAAUGAAAUAGCAUUUGAAUGCAGUGUUCCAGCAACUCUUCAUGGCGUGUGUGUCUAUACCCCAAAGGAGGAAUACGAGACUCAGGUGGUCUCUGUGGACGUGUUCGAUCAUGAGAAAUCAAGCAUAGCUAGCGUGGAUACCCACGUGUUUCAGCACUCACGUGAUAAGAUACACGAAGUGUUCCUAAAUAGACCAGUACGAUUGGUUCCAAAUAAACGCUAUACAGUAACCACUAGUAAUUCCUACUGGGUGAAAUCUUUUUAUGGGACACGUGGGAGGCAGUGUGUUUCAUUUAGAAACGGAACAGUGACCUUUUACAACUCGGCCUUAUCUGAGAUUUCAGACUCGGACUCCGAUUAUGAAUACUGGUUGAAUACUUCAGUAGACAAAGGACAAAUACCUGGGCUUUUGUUGUCUUGAAAAUCAAAUGAAGGCAGAGUUAUGAAACUCUAAUAACCGUUUUUCAUUGUCGAACAAUCUACAUUCAGAAGGUUCUUAUUGUGUUGACAAAGACUAUAAAGUCCCACAAAUUAAUGCUAACGUUUUCAAAGAUACAUCCUAUUAAAAAAAUUAAAGAAACAAGUGUUAUAUAAUUGACAUUUUUCACCAACCAUGAUCGUUGUCUUCAAAUUUAUUGUGCCUACCUGUAGGAGAAGGAAUUAAUAUUUUUGUAAACAGAUGUGCUUCUUGAUAUUCUUAUAUUCAGGAUUUACCAAUUGUAGACAUAGUUUACAUAUUUCAAAUAAUUUUAGCUUACUUAUAAGAUUUCUGGAGAAUAAAGUACAAUUCCUAUAGUA